AUGCUGCAAUCCAGGGUACUGGUGAUAGCUCUGAUUCUGCUCCUUAGCACCACUGUCCCUGAAGUGCACUCAAAGUCCAUCUUUGAGAAAGACCGUCGUGACUGGCUGGUGAUCCCUGAUGCAGUUGCAUCUUAUGUCUAUGAAGCUGUGAACAAGGUGUCCCCUAAAGUCGGUCAGUUUUUGGCGGAUGCUGCCCAGACUCCCGCGGUUGUUUCAACCAGGAACUUCCUCAUCAGAGAAACAACUAAACUCAGUAUAAUGGCUGAACAGCUGAUUGAAAAAAUAAAGAACCUGUGGUACACAAAAGUCCUAGGCUACUAG